AUGAAGUUCUCCCUCCUUGCGGUGCUGGCUUUGGUCCUAUUUGCAGCUCAAGCAAAUUCCCUGUACUGCUACACCUGCAAUUGGGAGCAAAGCAACUGGAGCUGCCUGAAGGCCGAGAAGUGUUCGGACAAGGACGAGUACUGUGUCACCAACGUGGCCUCUGUAGGAAUCGGCUUUUUGUCCAUUUGGAAGAGGAUCACCAAGAAGUGCUCCAGCACCUGCCCACACCACAACUUCCUCCUGGGCCUGGCCACCUACACCUCCUACUGCUGCCAGAGCUUCCUGUGCAACCUCAGUGCGUGCCCAGGGCCCCGGCUGGCUCGCCCAUGA